AUGCAGAUCCAUCCAUACGCCAAGGCAGCAUCGGGUGUCCUGUCGGUUGUGUCCAAGGCAUCCAUCACACCACACGAUGUUUCUGAUGCACGUCUGACUGACAUAUAUUUCAUACAGACAAUAACAUCCCAAGCAACUCGUGACGACUCAAUUGGCCAGCUCCUUUCAAAUAUGGAUGAGGUGGACAUGUUUCUCGCAGAGAACGACCUGGCGGCUCUCAGAUCAAUAAAAAGUGUCGUCGUGCGGAUAUGUCAGCAGACGCUCGAGCGUUCCUAUUUCCUUCGCGAUUACUCCAAGAGCCAGAAUUUUUGCCCGGCAGAAAUGCCGUAUCAGAAACUGAUGUCACAAUAA